AAGUUCAUUUACAAGUAACCGUUCUUCUUUCCCUCACAUCACAACUCUCGUCUCUCCCAACACUUUCUCUCUCAUCACAAAAAAUGAAAGAACUCAAAACUGCCACUAACCACAACAAUAGCGAAACCUCCACACCAGACCUUCAAAACCCUAACAAUGGCGAUCCCAACGCAUUCUCCGACGUCGACAUCGACAGCUCUUGCUCCACUCCUUACGUCAGCGCUCCGUCCAGCCCCGGCCGUGGCCCGCCUCUCUCCGGCUUCUUCUACAGCGCUCCGGCCAGUCCCAUACAUUUCGUUCUUUCUUCAUCUCAUCAUUCGCCAUCUACUGUAGACACGAAAGCCUCCGUUUUCAGCUCGUUCGAUUUCGAAUUUUCUGCAAAGGCUCCGGCGACUGGUUCGGUGUCGGCCGGAUCGAUGAGCUCCGCCGACGAGCUGUUCUUGAACGGCCAGAUCCGGCCGAUGAAGCUGUCGUCGCACCUCCAACGGCCGCAGAGGCUGACGCCGUUGCUGGAUCUGGACGAAACCGAAAGAGAUGGUGACGAAACCGAUGAAACAGAGAAAAUCGGGAGAGGACGAGAUGUGAUUGUGCGAGAUCGGUCUUUGCGGAGAAGAACCAGAUCGAUGUCUCCGUUGAGAAGCACGUUGUCGUUUCAGUGGUACAAAGGUGAGAUAGACGAUGAUGAUAGCAGUAACCAAAUGGAUCUGAGUUUUGAAGACGUUGAAGUGAAGCAGACAGAGACGGAGUCAUCCACGACGCCGGCGGUGUCUGUUUCAUCGUCUAGGUCUUCGUCGGCUGGUCGGAGCUCGAAGAGGUGGGUGUUCCUGAAAGAACUGCUCUACAGAAGCAAAAGCGAAGGAAGAAACAACAACCACAACCACAAGUUCUGGUCCUCCAUAUCGUUCUCACCUAUCAAAGAUUGGAAGCUUUCAAGUUCAACACAAUCAUCGACUGAUUCAAUGGCUUCUUCUUCAACAGCGGAGACUGUGAAUAAUGGUGAUGGGAAGAAGGUGAAACAGAGUGUCCGAGAUUCGAAUAAAAAGCCGGUGGCCGGAAAAGUUGGGAAGAAGGGGUUGAGCAAGUCGGCUCAUGAGAUGCAUUACACGGCGAACAGAGCUCAGGCGGAGGAGAUGAGGAAAAAGACAUUCUUGCCCUACAGGCAAGGGUUGCUUGGGUGUUUGGGCUUGAGUUCAAAGAGUUAUGAUGCAAUGAAUGGGUUUGUCGGAAGAGCUUUGAACCCUGUGUCUUCAAGGUGAUACUAAAUGAUUAGUACUUGCCAACUUCUACAGUGUGUGUGAUUUGAUAGAGAUGUGAGUCUUUUAGAUCACUCCGUAAUUUAGCUCCGAGCAUAUAGUCCCAUAUGCUCCCGGUGCAUGCACAUGCACUUGAUUGGAAAUGAUCAGCCAACUUCUAGAGUGAGAUUUCAAAGUGUUUGAUUAUGUAUAUAUAAUAUAUUUUCUUUCUUUUUGCCUUGAAAAAGAAAGGCUUAAUUAUGUUUCCAUUUUUAUGGUGUUGAUGAAUUACGGGGCUCCUUCAUAUCCA